CGUUAGAAAACGCUGUGUACUUUACCUCCAAGUAUAAUAUAUUUGUUGUGUUUGUUUAGUGCCAGAUAUGGACACAAACGCAUCAUUGAUGCAGAACUGCUUUAAUAACUUCAUAACUAAUAACAGUUUUGUCUCCAAUUGUUACGAAGACUUCAAUUCCAACUCUCCCUCAUCUGAAGAAGCGGACCAAAUAGUGCCCGAUUGCUCUCCAAUCACUUCAUCUAACUUUACUAAUACUAUCAGUGUUUCGCCACUUUUCCCAAACAAUUCAAACAUUUGGUCUAAUAAUUCAUCACAAGAAGAAUUUCAGGAAAAGAGUAAUCGAUUGCAGAAGUGGUCGGAAACUGCUGUAGAAGUGAAUGAUAUGAAAAAGUUGGAGAACUUCAACGAUUUGAAUCUGCAAUCGUCUCAACUCUCGAGUACUCAAGUUAUGCAUCACUUGUCAUCAAUUCAAGCAAAUGAUUGCCAUUUGAAACACAGAAUCCUAAGGACUAAUCAACACUCAGAGACCGAUGAGUUCUUUGAUUCUCAACUCAAUAACCAAAUGCUUUACAACACUCCGCAACUGCAACCACAGCAACAGCUUAUCACACAUUCCCAUCAGUUAAGACCUAAUCCGCAACAGUAUCACAAUGGCCUGCCAUCACAUCCCUCUCAACAGUACAAUAAUAUGAACAAUAUGUUAGUUCAGGACAAGAUGUGGGAAGACAUCACUGCCAGCAUUUGCGAUGACUUCGUGUCCAUUAAACAGGAACCAACUCUUCAACACAAUCCCAGAUAUCAGACAAAUACCAAUACCAUUGAAUCCAAUCAUGCAUUACAAUCAAACCCUCAACCUCUGCACCCGUCGUAUAUGAGACACUCGUCUAAUAUCCAGUCCUCCUCUCAGUCAUUGUAUGGCAAUAUUAUGAACACUUCAUUCAAUAACAAUGUUAUGUCAACCAAUCUGUCCUCUAAUAUGCCGUCCGUUCAUCACUCCAAUCGAGUUCUGCUUUACUUACCGCCCACUCCUCCCAACUCAGAGCCCGGAUCGCCGUCCACUCAACAGCAGCAACAAAGACAACAACAACAACAACAGCACCCGCGCCCCCACCCCUCCCAUCCAACUCCAGUCUCUAAUCAACCCCAUAGACGGACACCUCCGCCGCCGUAUAACACUUGCGGCACCACUAAUGAUGUACUUCACCACCAAAUGACAGCGAUGUCACCCGCCGUUCAUCUGAACAGCGCUCGGAUGUCAAACUCUCACUCCCAGCAGAUCUCACACCAGUCGGGAACCAACGCUCUAACUGUUCCUCAGCCGCGAUAUAAUCGCAGAAAUAAUCCGGAGUUAGAGAAGAGGCGAAUCCAUCGAUGCGAUUAUCCCGGAUGUACUAAAGUCUAUACAAAGAGUUCUCACCUGAAGGCCCACCAACGCAUACAUACAGGUGAAAAGCCAUAUAAAUGCCAUUGGCCUGAAUGUCAGUGGCGUUUCGCCAGAUCUGAUGAGUUGACCCGACACUACCGCAAGCAUACCGGAGCCAAACCAUUCAAAUGCAAAGUUUGCGAACGAAGUUUCGCUCGUUCUGACCAUUUGGCUCUUCACAUGAAAAGACAUCUUCCGAAACAACACAAAUAAUAUGGACAUCAAAAUCGCCUCCCAUUCCAACCCUCACUGCCCUCACUGUCCCAUCCAUUCCAUACAUUUCUCAUCGAUUUAAUCUUUCACAUCAAUUCAAUCCAACCGCUCAUCCCAUUGAACAUUGGGUUCAUAUGUGCCUUAUUUGGUGCACUUAUAACAUAGAAAUGCCU